AUGUCUGACAAAAAGGUCUUCUGGCUGCGAUGCGAGAAGAAGGAGUUUGAGCGGCGCGCUGCACUCACACCCACUACGGCCAAGAAGCUCAUCGACCAGGGUUUCGAGAUCUUCGUGGAGCGCGAUGAGCAGCGUAUAUUCGACGACGCUGAAUACGAGGCUGUUGGUUGCAAGCUUGUUGACAACAACUCCUGGCCAUCUGCCCCGCACGAUAUCCCGAUCAUUGGUCUGAAGGAACUCCCAGAGAGUGACGAGCCACUCCCGCACACGCACAUCCAGUUUGCGCACUGCUAUAAGCAGCAGGGGGGCUGGUCGAAGGUCCUGUCGCGCUUCUAUCGCGGCAAUGGAACGCUCUACGAUCUCGAGUUCUUGAACGAUGACUCGGGCCGCCGCGUCGCCGCCUUUGGCUUCCAUGCCGGUUUCGCGGGCGCAGCGGCGGGCGCGCUCGCCCUUGCUGCGCAGCGCUCAGGUCAGAAGCUGGGUCAACUAGAACCUUACCCAAAUGAGGACGCUAUGGUAUCGGACGUGAAGGCAAAGCUUGGCGGUGACGCUAAGCCCGUGAAGGCACUAGUCAUCGGUGCGCUCGGUCGAUGUGGUCGCGGGGCCGUUGACCUCUUCCGCAAGAUCGGUUUGGAGGAGGACAACAUUGUGAAGUGGGAUAUGGCGGAGACCGCCAAGGGUGGACCGUUCCAGGAGAUCUUGGACGUUGAUAUUUUCGUCAACUGCAUAUAUCUCACGAGCAAGAUCCCGUCUUUCGUCACUCCCGAACAGAUCACAGCGGCGGGUCCGAGUCGGCAGCUGAGUGUCGUUGUGGACGUGAGCUGCGACACUACAAAUCCGAACAACCCGAUUCCUAUCUAUUCGAUCAACACGACAUUCGAUGCGCCGACUGUGCCAGUCAAACUUCCUGAGGGAGUGCCUCCGAUGUCCGUGAUCUCCAUCGACCACCUCCCCACGCUACUCCCUCGCGAAGCAUCCGAGCAGUUCAGCUCAGAUCUCCUGCCUUCGCUGGAGACCUUCCCUCAGCGCCAAAGCGCGCGCGUGUGGACUGACGCGGAGAAGCUGUUCCGUCAGAAGCUCUCCGAGGCCGCGCAGGUUGAAGGUCUGGCAUGA